CGCGGAGUAGGAAGGACAUCAACAUGAAGCUGCUAGUCAUUCUCGCCGUCACGCUAGCGAUCUCGCUAGCAGAAGUUAUGGAAAUGGAUGAAGAGUCGAUAGACGAUCUUCAGGCUGCUGCUUCUAUGGACCUUCAAAAGUCACAACAAUAUGUUCAAUCUAAAGGUUACGCUCCGACAAGGCCCUGGAAUCCUCCUUCAAAUAAUUAUAACAAUGCAGCUCCUCCUCCUUCUCCCCCAGCUUCCCAAGGUGGCUACGCCCCAGUUCAAAAUAAUCCUCCACAAAACACUUACUACCCACAAAACAACUGGGACUCUUGGAACAAUAACCAAAACCAAAACACGUGGAACAAUCCUCAGAACUCAUGGACCCAGAAUCCUCAGAACCCAGCAAAUAACCAGCAAAAUAACUGGAACAACCAGAACACGGGUUCACAAAACACGUGGACCACACCCACAAACCCACCAAGUUCACAAAAUACGUGGACUAAGCCCACAAACACUGGUUCUCAAAACUGGAACAACCAAAACACAAAUAAUAAUUGGAACAACUGGAAUCAGACGCCUUCUUCCACAUCCACGACAACUGAGUCCGUUGCAGUCAUAAAAAAUGAACAAUCCCUCGGAGAAAAUGGCAGCUACAAAUAUGAAUAUGAAAUCGCUGACGGCACGCACGUAGCUGAAGAAGGUUACUUCACGAAUCCGAACACAGAAAAAGAGAGCCUUGUGAAGAAAGGGUUCUACUCCUUCACCGCAGCUGACGGCAAAGUUUACUCCGUCACAUACUGGGCAGAUGAUACCGGUUUCCAUGCUAUUGGUGACCAUUUGCCCAAACCACCACCAGUUCCCGAAGCGAUUCAAGCAUCAAUCGACCAAAACGCCAAGGAGGAAGCGGCAAAAGCCGAAGCAGAGAAGAACAAACAACAACAGGGUUACUAUCCCCCAGGUCAAGAACCACCAAGACCGAUAGCGCCACCACAAACAGGCCCGUCAACAUUUCCACAAACAUCGCCCCCGCAAACGUACCCUACCAAACCUCAGCAACCACCCCAAACGCAGUACCCUCAACAGACCUAUUAUCCUCAACAGCAACAGCAGCAAACCUAUUAUCCCCCAACGAACUACUACCCUCCUCAAACUGGAUACGGUCGUCGUCGGUAACUUACGAAACAGAAUAGGAACUAUUUGGUCAGGGCUACGUUAGACCUCCACAUGUAAGCAAUUAGAGCAAGGAAUUUGUAACCAAAAACCAUGUUACUAGUGUAAUGAAAAUUCGACAAUGAAGAGUUUUUAUUAUAAAUUUCUUUUACGUUGGAAACAUUGAUUGGUAGUUAAUUUAUAUGUGACAUUGUUGUCUAGAGUAGCUUUAGCCUGAUGGUGGUUAGAAAACAACAGAAUAGCAUUUAAAUUGUAUCAAAUUACCUCACCAUAAGA